AUGGCGUCGGAGUUGGAAAACGAUAUAACAAGUACAACCGGAGAACAAAUAUUUCUUUGCAUAUUGAUUGUAUUCACAUUUGUGAUAGUUCUCAAAAGGUUGAAUUGGGAAGAAAUCUUCCUACAAAACAUAAAUGCAGUUCAUCAUGUGAAAUCAACACAAGAAGUUUCCAUGAGAGAAGUUUUUAAUCCAUUCCAUAUUUCUUUGUCAAAUGAAAACAGGAGUAGCAUAUCAGAUGGGUUAAAUCUUCAGUUGUCAUUACUAAAACCUGGUUUUGUAAGCCUCUUUUGGGAAGCAGAAAUAGAUGAAUUUUACAAGGAACUCCAGCACCCAUGGGAGGUUCUUUAUAACAGAAUUCAAAAAGAACUCUUUCUUGGUGACAAGAAAGUUGAUGUCUCACAUUAUUCACAGAGGUCCCAGAAAUGUGAGAACUUGGAAUGGCACACAGAAAUACCAGACAGAAUCAAACAGCAUGGUAAAGCCCCUCCUAGAAGCACCUAUCCAGUUGUUGUAGCUUGUACUCUAGAGGAGCCUGUGGCAGGGGAGUUACAGAUAGUCAUUAUGCUGUCUGUCUUGCACAUUAAAGACCCACAAGUUCAGCUAGAUUCUCAAGUUUUACACCAGUUUCUGAUCACCAAUGAUAACAAAAUUACUACUCUCAAUCCUUUCUUUGUAUCCACUGAAAACUCCAGUACAGAGACAGAAACAAGAAGUUAUUACAGUGAUUCUGAAUUUCAACAGUGCACUGGGGUUAAUAGUGAAGGAAGACUGAGCAGCCAUAUUGUUUUUGACACUUGCUGUGUGUGUCAGGACGUAGAAAUGACCAUUGUUCUCCUUCCUUGUCGGCAUGGAUGUGUGUGUAGUGAAUGUGUAAAUAAAUUAGACAAGUGCCCUGUGUGUAGGGAUAUUUUCACUUCCUAUUUUAGAGUAAAAGACUCCAAUCAGCAAGCAUCAAUAUCUGGUCAGAGAAACAUAGAACAUACAGUAAAUCCUCCUGCUGUUUUAGGCGACAUUUGGUGGGAAAGGUUAAACAACAGGCUAAACAGUUUCUGUGGGUUCAACUGAUAUUUUUUGUUUUCAGUAAAAUGCAGUUAAGUUGUAA